UCAUUCCUCCACUCAGCUGGGCGGAGGAGAAGCCGUGAAGCCGCUGACUCCGCUCGGCGCCGCCGCUUCUCCGCCGAUCUUUGUUAAGAAAUCGAUCUCCAUCAUGGCCGAUGGCGCUCAGAGAGCUGCUUGUGUUUGUUCUUCUCCCAAACGCCGACAUACCACAUUUUACACACAUACACUGGGGCAAUGCCACUGCCAGCCAGAACUUAAUGGAUGGGGACAACAGAGUGGACGUUGCUGAGGCAGCCCACGACCCGACGCCGCACUGAUACAGCCUGAUUGCAUGUAUUUGGACGAGCCAGAUAGGACGCCGCACCGGCAGAAGAAGACGAUGGGGAGGCCGGGAUGUUCAUGGAGCAGCUUCAGUCGCUCCAGCAGAAAGUUUACAUUUUGGAGGCUAAAGCAGGCUGUGGGCAGCACCCUCAAUCGCGAGGAUGGGCUUAGGGCAGGAUGGAGACGGUGGCGGGGGAGUUAAAGGCAUAUGUGGACAUCAAACUACAACAAUUUCAUCAAGAGGUUGUGGCCUGCUUGCAACGCCGAGAUGAAAGGUGGGACAAAUAACUAAAAAAGAAGACUCUUGCCAAAAGCCGCCUGACAUGGAGACCUGCUAGCUUUUCCACACCUGCAGCCCCCGUAGCAGUCGGCCACCGGCCACCUGACGUCGAUGCCACCUUCCCCGUUCCACCUGCUGUCACGGCCAGACCACCUAUCAAGAUGGAGUUUCCCCAGUUUGGAGAGCCCAGGAGUUCAUCUGAUGUGACAGAAUUCAUUGAACAUGGUGACAACUUCCUGGCUCUUCGGCUUCAGGAACCCUUGGAAUUGGUGGCUGGCCGCCCACAACAAACUAACAUGCUGGUCUCCAUUGCAGCAGUCCUUCCUGGAGGCCUUUUUGCCAACUGACUAUCAGAGAUUGAGGAGCAACUACACUCCAACGUUCAGACACCUGAUCUGUGUUCGUGAGACUUUGUCUAUGAUUAUUGCGCCCUCUGCCUGGAAUGGAGGCCUGACAUGGAGGAAGAGGAAAUAGUGCGAUGGAUGCUGAGCGCCUGUAACCCAAGGCUGACCAGCGGGUUGCGAGGUAUCGUGUCCUUGGUGGAGCAGGUGGUCAAGGUUGGCUCCCUGAUUGCUAGGGUUGGAGUAACACCAAAGACUAUUGGAGCUGUGUCCAGCAGUCUAACCCGUCAAAAAGGACGGGGAGGAAGGUGGAGCAGGGGCCAAGUCGAAGCACCGGGGUGGACCUCACCGCUGCCAUGGGGGAGCAGGCCCUCCAGGUUGUGCCUACAGAUCUGUGAGGCUCAAAUGGAGAUGCGGUCCUUGACUCUGGGUGUCCUAAUCGCUGAUGAGACAUUCCUUAUCAGGAAACAAGGGGAAGUACUGGAACCAAGCGGAAUACCAAAGUUCGUCAUGGCUAACACGCAAGAGAACAGAACAAUAGGAAAAGCCACCCUGCUCCUCAGCCUACAAGACUGCCACGGUACACGGGGGGUGCAUGGAAUGCCCGAUGAUCAUCUGUGUAUGCUGUUGCUGCUGGGUCUCCACUUCGUGACCAUGGCGCACAUCAUCCUCAAGCCUCAUCUCCGCAAGUGUGUCAUGCCGGGGGGAAAAGAGUUCAAAUUUCUCCACAAGACCAGAGAUAAGCUACUCGCCUCUCAGUUCAUUUUUACAUGGCUGUGAUUGAGGAGACCAAAGACCACCUGUCUGGACAUUCCCCUCUUUUUGUAGCUUUGACACGCACAAACAGAUGUGCAAUUGUUACAAUACUAAUACUUGAUAUCACUGUAAUAUGCUAUACCUCUUGUACACCACAGUAUGCCACUCAUAUACUAUACAGGUACUGUAUAUACUGUAGUAUUCAAUACAGUGCUAUACUUUGCCAGUAAUUUACCAGUAUUACUGUAUGCUAUGCCUAUAGUAUACCACUACUAUGUUAUACCAAUGUGUUCAAUAAAAAUAUCUAGUCUACCAAUACUACACAAAACCGAC